CCGUGGAUGAUUUAAGAGCAGCGCUAAGAGUCCGCGGUGAGGCUUGGACGGUUUCGCGGGGCUUUAUGGCUGCUUCUGGGACGCUGAGCACUUUUCGUCUCCCGCCGUUGCCCACGAUUCGAGAAAUCAUUAAGUUAUUCAGGCUGCAAGCAGCGAAGCAGCUAUCCCAGAAUUUUCUCCUGGACUUGAAGCUGACAGAUAAAAUCGUAAGGAAAGCUGGGAAUCUGACAAAUGCUUAUGUUUAUGAAGUGGGCCCUGGGCCAGGGGGAAUCACAAGAUCCAUUCUCAAUGCCAAUGUUGCUGAACUUUUGGUGGUUGAAAAGGAUAGUCGAUUUAUUCCUGGAUUACAGAUGCUUUCUGAUGCAGCACCUGGAAAACUGAGAAUUGUCCAUGGAGAUGUAUUGACAUUUAAGAUAGAAAGGGCUUUUCCAGGAAGUCUUAAAAGACAGUGGGAGGAUGAUCCUCCUAAUGUACAUAUUAUUGGAAAUCUGCCUUUUAAUGUAUCAACUCCGCUGAUUAUCAAGUGGCUUGAAAAUGUUUCUUGUAGAGGUGGACCUUUUGUUUAUGGCAGAACCCAGAUGACGUUGACUUUUCAAAAGGAAGUGGCAGAGAGACUGACAGCCAAUACAGGAAGCAAACAGCGAAGUCGCCUUUCUGUUAUGGCCCAGUACCUCUGCAAUGUUCAACACAUCUUGACAAUUCCGGGUCAGGCUUUUGUCCCUAAACCAGAGGUGGACGUGGGCGUGGUGCACUUCACCCCCCUGGUGCAGCCCAGGAUCGAGCAGCCCUUCAAGCUGGUGGAGAAGGUCGUUCAGAACGCAUUUCAGUUCCGGAGGAAAUACUGCUAUCGAGGGCUUGGAAUGUUAUUCCCUGAAGUUCAGCGCGUGGAAAGCACUGGAAAACUGUUAGAGUUGGCAGAUGUGGACCCUACCCUUAGGCCCAGCCAGCUCUCUGUUUCACAUUUUAAGAGCCUGUGUGAUGUAUACCGAAAAAUGUGUGAUGAAGACCCACACCUCUUUGCUUAUAAUUUCAGAGAACUCAAACAAAAUAAAAGCAAAACUCAGGAAAAAGAGGACGACAAGGAGAGAGACAGACUCUAAGAGCGUAUCGAAUGUUGCUUUCCACAAUGUUAAGCUGCUCAGAUGUGUACUUUUUGUCUUCUACAGAAGGACAAUAAAAAUACAAUUACCGUAUGUGACUU